AUGAUAUAUGCCCUUUACCUAGUUGUGAUGCUAAUUACACUUCACAUGGUCGCCAGGAAGCCUAUGUCUUGGCAUGACAAUAUAGAGGAGCCUGCAGACGCCAAGUUCCUGAAUCUUAUUCACCAUGCAGCACUGGAGCCAACAAAGAAAUACUCAGAGCCACAAACUGAAAGCCAGGAAAUUGGCUGGAACACAACACCUUUGAUUCACGUGGACCGCACUGACUGCAGACUGCACUUCCCACGCCGGAGCACUGAGAUCACUAGAUAUAUGGCUGCCUUUUGGCGCCUGAAGGAGCAGUCUGAGAACCUGCAAUAGCGUAGCAAAGACACUCAACUUAGAUAGAAGCAGUUAAUGACAUCUGUCUAAUGUGUCAGUCCUUGCUCGUUAUUAAGUGAUUCUGGUAGAUUUCUGGCAAGAGAAGGUAAUGAGAAAAGUGGAGAGAGAAUCCCAGACUGGCCAAAUUUGCAGCCUGACAACAGUUCCAGAAAUAAACUUAUUUGUAAGACUGCUGCUUUUGGCUCUGUAGUUGCCAAAACCAUCUACGCAAAGCACCUAAAAAAAGCUUUAAUUCCUUGAUGGGUCUCAAGACAUCUUAUUUCAACAUCAGCAACAUGACCCAGAACUCCAGUGCUG